AUGUUCUCUCCUUCAGACUCUCUCAGAGUUGCUGUCCUUUCUGUGGGUCCUAAAGGUAGGGACAGGGACUUGUUCUGUGGCCCAGAGCUAAGCCAUAGGGAAGACAGCAAUGGCCCCACACAGGAGCAGGGUGGACCCCGCUGUCCCCAUAACCACGUCCUGGGCCAGGACUGCCUGGAUGGGCAGAUCUUGGGCCAAUUGCGCCCAGGGUCAGAAGAAGAAGACUCCUUUGAGCCUGCCUUCCCUGAGAUGGAUUCAGAGGACCUCCGCCUAGCUUCCUUCUACAACUGGCCGUCCACUGCGGGGAUCCAGCCUGAGCCAUUGGCUGCCGCAGGCUUCUUCCACACAGGCCAGCAGGACAAGGUGAGAUGUUUCUUCUGCUAUGGGGGUCUACAGAGCUGGGAGCGUGGGGAUGAUCCCUGGACGGAGCAUGCCCGAUGGUUUCCCAGGUGUCAGUUCCUGCUACAGUCAAAAGGAAGGGAUUUUGUGGAACGAAUCCAGACAUACGCCCCCUUGCUUGGAUCCUGGGACCAAUGGGAAGAACCAGAAGAGGCAGCCCCUGCCAGCCCCUCAGCUCCUGCCCUUGGAGGCCCUGAGUUACUCACAUCCAGAAGAGAGACCCAGCCUGAAGAAGCCAGUGAGCCAGGAGCUGGGGAUGUGCAGGAACAGCUGCGACAGCUGCGGGAGGAGCGGACGUGCAAGGUGUGCCUGGACCGGGCCGUAUCUGUGGUCUUCGUGCCCUGCGGCCACUUGGUCUGUACUGAGUGUGCCCCCAACCUGCAGCUGUGCCCGAUCUGCAGGGUGCCCAUCUGUAGCUGUGUACGCACCUUCCUGUCCUAAAAUCAGGCACUACACCGCAAGGUGGGCCCCCUGCCCACCUCAACCUGUUUCAGAGCGGACAGUGGG